GCUCCAGCACUGCCUGGCCACUACCAGACGGUUCAGAGCCUCUGGCAGUGUGCUGCAGCUGGACAUAAGGAGGGGACGGACAGGAGGCUGCUGGUGUAUCCAGGAGAUCAGUUUUCACCUCAAGAGCCAAAGAGCAGCCAGAGUGAUGGCAGGGAAGCCCGUGAAGAAGUCCACCCUUCCUGGGGUAAGCAUCCGGCAGCUGGUGGAGGAGAUUCCUGAAGGCUGCAGCACACCGGACUUUGAGCAGAAGCCUGUUACCUUGGCUCUGCAGGAGGGGAAAAAUGCCAUAUUCCGGGUCGUGGUCUGCGGAGAGCCCAGACCUGAAGUGCGCUGGCUGAGCACCAAAGGAGACCUCAGCAACUCCAGCAAGUACCAGAUCUCCUCGGCCCCAGGCAGCAAGGAGCAUGUGCUGCAGAUUAACAAGCUGACAGGAGAGGACACAGAUCUGUACCGCUGCACCGCUGUGAACAUGUACGGAGAGGCCACGUGCUCAGCGAGACUUACUGUCAUUGAAGUUGGCUUUUGGAAGAACCGGAAGAGACAGAAAGAACCCCAGGAAGACAUCAGGAAGGAAAUCAUGGACUUCAGGAAGAUGCUAAAAAAGAGGGCCCCACCUCCAACUCCUGAAGAGAAGUUGGAGUCUGAGCAGGUGUGGCAGCUGCUGAUGCAUGCUGACCGGAAGGACUAUGAAAAGAUCUGCUUAAAGUAUGGUAUCGUGGACUUCCGGGGGAUGCUGCGUAAGCUGCAGGAGAUGAAGAAAGAACAGGAGCAUGAGAUGGCAAAGUAUGUCCACGCUAUCUCCAAUUUGAGGCACAUCAGAGUCUCCAAGGAGGGGUUCGCCGCAUUUGACCUGGAGCUUGAUCUCAAGGACCUCGAGAGCAAGGUUUACUUGUAUAAGGAUGGUGAGAUGAUCCCCUAUGGCUCCAAUAACCAGACCAAGCACUGUCUUCGGCGGCUGGGGAAACGGUACUGCUUCCAGAUCCUGGACCUGCAACCAGAGGAUGCUGGCCUUUACCAGGUCAAGGUGGAGGAUGCUGUAGUCUUCUCCACAGAACUGGACUCUGCUGCCAUUCCCCCCAGAAUUGUGGUCCCCCUGGCUGAAACUCACUGUAAGGAGAAGGAAGAUGCAAUAUUUGAAUGUACUCUCUCCAAACCCUGUCCCAACGCUACCUGGUAUUUCCAGCACCAGCCACUCCGGCUCAGUGACAAAUAUGAAAUGACUGUGUCUCCUGAUGGGCUCACCCAUCGGCUGCUGGUGAGAGGGGCUCGCCUCUCAGACAGGGGCCUCUAUUCGCUGGGCACAGGACUCCAUGCCUCCAGUGCCUGGCUGGUGGUUGAAGCUGGGAAGGAGAAAGGCCUUCAGACCACAAGUGCUGACCGCCAGCUGCAGACACAAGGAGCUAAGGCCUCAGAUGCAGAAGACUCCAAGGGCAUCAGUGGCGAGGGAGGGAAACCCAGAGAGAAGGGCCCCACAGGAAGCUCCCUCAAGCGGCUGGAGCCAGCUUCUGGGCUCCAGCUCACUAUGGGCCCAGACUGUGGUGGCCCUGGCAGGCAUGACUACUCCUUGAUAGAGGGUGAGGGGGAAGCUGACUCAGCCUGGAUCCCUGGGCAGGAGAGAAAGGACUUUCUAGAAGCAGAGAGGAACAGAGCCAUUCUUUCAAGAGAAAAUCAGCCUUACCUAGAAGAAGACUGGGAUAAGAGCCUCUUAGGGAGGUCUCAUUUGCAGAGAGAAGGCCCAGAAUCAGGCUUGGGCUUCAAGGAAAGAGAAUAUCAAGGCUGUGGCAGAGAAGGUCAUGGGGACAGAAGCUGGGGGACAGAAGGAAGCUGGGAGGCUGGGUCCAGUCAUCCUCAAGCUGGAAGACUGGGGAGUAGCAGGGAAGGAAGGGAUCCCAGAAAGGACAGUGACAGUCAACUGGACAUACAUGGCCAGAAACAACUCUGGGAUGCUCAAGUGCAACCUGGAACAGGGAAGAGGGCCCAGUGGGGAUACCAGUUUGAUCCUGAGAGAUCUUGGCCAAAAGAGGAGGGGACAGGAAGGAUUCUACAAGGCAAUCAUCUGAAUGAGAUGGAGAGAAGAGACAGCCCAAGCAGGGGAAGGGGGAGGGGAGCAGCAGGGGGAGCAUGGGCUGGAGGCACUGGUGUAGAGGAAGCUGGAGAGAGCAGUGGCAUAGGAAGUUCUGAUAUCCUGAAGUUUCCCAGAGGAGGAGGAGGUUCCAGCUUCAAGGCAGGCAUGGGUCCUGAGUCCUGGAGCUCUCAGAGAGAUGGAGAUGCUGGUCCUGAGGAAGCCAGGGGCUCCUGGGGGCCAGGGGAAUAUUCAGGACAGACACCUAGAGACAAGUACCUUCAGGAACCCUCCCUAACCAGAGGUGAGAAGUUUAUCCCAGGGGACAGGAGUCCUGAGACCGGAGCUGAGGACUCACUGCAGGGCACAGAUGACCUAGGGUCUGGGAAGACUGAAGUUAGAAGAAGGAGCUAUAAAACUGGCCCAGGGGGCCUCGGAGAUGCCAGGGACUGGGAAGGUGACCAACAAGAACUUCAGGGAAGCAAUGGCCAGUUCACAGCUGGGGCCUUAGGUAGAACAGAGGGUGAAUCCAGAAGUCUCCAGUUUCCCCAGGGCUGGACAUCAGGGCAGAAGGGAGCAGGGGAGCCUGGCAGAAUAGAGUCUGAGAGCCCAGAUCCUCAAGAUGAUACAUGGUCCCAUGUUAGAAAGACCAGGACCUACCCCGGGCCUGCAGUUCGGGGGCCCAGUGGUAGAGGAGGAAAUGGGACCCAGGCAGCUGAGUUGAUGGAGCCUGGUCGGGCCGGAGAUGCCAGAAGUCACAAGCUGGUUAGGGUUCCAGGUGAGGGUACUCAGAAAUAUGGAAGAACGCAAGGAAACACCAAAGGAUUAAGAGAGCCAGGGGCAGUAGGACCCAGCCCGGAUUUCUGGAAUGGGUCAGGAAGCAUCAGGGAAGGACCCAGAGAAGAGAUGGGCUUCAACGAUGGCUUAGAAGGCCCGAGAAAAGUGGAAUCUAGGUAUGAGGACAGUUCAGGGUAUUCUGGAGAACUAGGUCCUGGAAUUGGAGUUGCUUAUAGUGAUGGCACAGAGGUGCUGGGGAAAAUGGGGUCUGGUCAUGGUGCUGGGUAUAGUGUUGUCUCUGGGGCACCUGUUGGAACAGAGUCUGAGGAAGAGCAUGCUUACGCACAUGACUCACAGGUGCCUGGGGGAAUGUGGUAUGGAAACAAAGGUCACCGUGGUCCUGCUGGAAGUGGGUCUGGAAGAACCACCAGUCUCAGAAAUGGUUUGGGGAGCCCCAGUGGGCUAUCCAAAGAUAAAGCCUGGGAUUGGGGUCCAUCGAGGAGCCAGAAGCAAACAGGCCCUGAAGGAGAGCACUGUUUUGAUGGCUUAGGGGGCCCUAAGACAGGAGGGUCUGUGGGUAUAGGUGAUCUCAAAGCCCCUGGAACAGCACAGACUAUUGGGGAGGGACGUGUAGAAGCAGGAGGGGGUUCUGCAAGAAUAAGGCCUCAGGGUCAGAGUGGAGAUUCUAGGGGCUUCAGAGCCACAGGAGCUCUGGGGACCUUUGGAAAAGGUGGCUAUGAAAAUGGCAUUAGGGGCCCAAGAGCCACAGAGCCAGGGUCUCUGAGGGCAGGAGGCAAAGAUGGUGAUGGAGGUGAGACAAGGGCCACUGGAGCUACAGCUGAGUAUGGGGACAAUAGCCAGCAGUGGGAAGCCCUAGGGCCUCAUGCUGGGACCUCUUCUAACAGCCAGUGGGCUGAGGGGUCUGGCCGUAUGCUGAGGUAUGGGGAUGGAUCUGAAAUUCCAGAGCCUCUUGGAACUGGGGAGAGAAGAGCUUAUGGAGAAGGGCCACGAGGACUCGGGCCUGGGAAAACACAGCCAAGAGAUGGGGCAGGCUACAGAGAUGGCUCUGGACAACUCAGAGGAAUGGGACCUGAGAAUGAUACAGGUUACAGGAAUGCUAUUGGGGCUUCUGGGGAAAGGGGAUCAGGAGGCGAGGCAGGUUAUAAAAAUGUUCCAGGAGCUUCUGAGAAGAUUCCAUUAGAAAGUGAGGCAGCUUUUAGGGAUGGUUUUGGAGAAACUGGGGAAAUGGGUUUGCAAAAUGAAGUUGGUUUCAAGGGAAGAUUGGGCAGAUCUAGAGAAAAGGGGUCGGAAGGUGAGAUGUGCUAUGGAGGUGACUCUGGGAGGUCUGGAGUAUCAGGAUCACUCACUGGAAUGGGCCAUGAAGCCAUGGAGUGUGGGUCAGAACCUGAGGGUGGCAGAAGCUCUAAGCCAGGUUCAGAGAGAAGCAGAGGAAUGGAGCUCGCCAAUGGGACAGGUCUUGGAGUAGGCUCUGGGAUGGCUGGAAUGCCUCAUAAGGUUGGUGCAGCACAUAUGGACAGCCUCAAGUGCCCAGGGGCACUUGAAGGGUCAGAAGGAUGGGGUUCCAAAAAAGGUCUUGGGGGCUAUGAAACCUCAGGAAUCUCUGAUUCCUUGGGGACUGUUGAUUCCAAGGGGAAAUUGGGUGUCAGAGAAGGGCACCAUGGUCCUGGGAGGAGCUCCCAGUGGAGAGGAGCUUCUAGUGGGGAGGGUGAGUCUGCCGAUGAAGCAGGGAGGAUGGGAGCUUCCAGGUUUCUUGAUGAGACAUGGGCAGUGAAGGAUGAGACCCAGACAGGUACUGCUGCUCAGGAGUCUGGACACAAACAGGACUUUUGGGAAGUAGGCUCAGGGACAACAGACAAGGUUAGAUUUGCUGACCAGGGAGGAGCAGCAGCUCAGGGAAGUGUGGACUCAGUGCCAGGAAGCAGAGGGAUGGGAGCAGGUUCUAGGAGAUCAUCAGGGAAAGGACAGAGUGUGUGCAGCAGUUCUGUGCCUCAGGGAAGGGGCAAGUCACCAUCAGGGCCAGCCAAUGAGCAAGAGGGGAGCCAUGCUUGGGCCCCAGGCUGGGAAGACGAGGGGAGUGGCCAAGGCAGCAUGGGUGCUGGAAACAAACCUUCAGGCUCCCAGACUUCCAGUUCUCUGCAAGAGAAUGAUGCCAGUACCAGGAAAGCCCACAGGAGACCAGGGGGCUCUAAAGGCAGGGAAUUUUUGCCAGGUCAAGAGGCUGCUGGUGAAUGUCCAGGUCCAUGGUCCCAGGACAGCGGAGGUUCAGGUCCCAGGAGAGGAAGGUCUACUGGUGCAGAGGACUCAGAUGUCCUGGGAAAGGAGAAUUUCACUGAGUCAAAGGAUGGUCUCACCCCAAAACCUGUGGAGUCAGGACCCCAGGAAACCUGGAAUGGCUUAGAUGUUUCCUCUGGCAGAAAAGUCUCUAAAGAUAGAUUGGGAGGGAUCCAGGGCCCUGGUUAUCAUUCCAGAGAAAAGGGGCGAUUUGAGGAGCAGGGGUUCCUAGAGGGCAAGAAUGACAGGGCCCAAGGUCCUGGGGGCCUAAAGGAGUAUGGAAGGCAAGAGACAGAAGAGUUUGGCAGGUCAGGCCAAAGGUCUGAUCCCCGCAGGAGCAGGUAUCAGGGACAAUCAGGGUCUGAGGUUGGACCAGCAAAGAGAAGGGAUGCAGAUGAGGCCAGAGGCAUGAGGCGGAAGCCUGGCAGUGAAGAUGAAGGGUACCUGGGGGAGACUUGGAGUGAAGACGGGAGCCGGGGGUCCCCCAGGCAUCUUGGCAGCAGGAGAGGUGCCAAAGAGGGCAAGUCGGAUGUCUGUGAUGAGGGGCGGGAUGCCACUCAGAGCCCCAGAUCCAGAUACAAGGCCAGCACUGGCAGUUCCUCCACGGAGGCCCAAGGACACACAGGCCACUUCUCUCAAGGCCUGGCUGACAUGGAAGUGCAGCAGGGUGAGGCUGCCGUGCUUUCCUGUACCAUCACCAGGGACCUGGGACCCGGCGCCUGGUUUAAGGAUGGAGUCAAGCUCUCCUCCCAGGAUGGCGUCAUCUUAGAGCAAGACGGACUUGUGCACAGACUCCGGAUUGCCCACGUGCAAGCAGCCCAGGCUGGGAAGUACACAUUUGUAGCAGGCAACCAACAGAGUGAGGCCACCCUGACUGUUCAUGAUCCCCCCACCAUAUCUCCAGAUGUGACAGAGAAACUGAAGGAGCCACUGGUGGUCAAGGCUGGGCAACCAGUAACAGUGAAGAUCCCCUUCCAGAGUCGCCUCCCUGCUCAGGCUUCCUGGAGGAAGGAUGGGGCUGAAGUGCUGGGCAGCAGCCACAGAGGGGCUCAGGUGGCCCUGGGAGAUGGCUACACCAGGCUGUGUCUCCCUAGCACCUCCAGGAAAGACAGUGGCCAGUACAGCGUGACACUGAGGAGCGAGGGAGGCUCUGUGCAGGCUGAUGUCACUCUGCAAGUCAUAGACAAGCCUCAGGCCCCACAGGGCCCCCUGGAGGUGCAGGAUUGCCACAGGGCUGGCAUUUGCCUCUCCUGGAGAUCCCCAAGGGAAGAUGGGGGCCGGGCCGUGGAGCACUAUAUGGUGGAGAGGCGACAGGCUGGCAGGAGCACUUGGCUGAAGGUGGGCGAGUCUCCCCCAGACAGCACUACCUUCACAGACAGCGGUGUGGAGCAAGGCAAAAAGUACACUUACCGCGUGCGGGCUGUGACCUCGGAGGGGCCUGGGGAGGCUCUGGAGUCUGAGGAGGUGCUGGUGGCUCCUGAUGCUCUCCCAGGGCCCCCUUCUGCCCCAACCAUUUUGUCAGCUUCUAGCCAGGGCAUCACUAUAACAUGGGCAGCACCUCAUGGCCGUGGCAGUGCCCACAUCCUGGGUUACCUGAUUGAGAAGUGCAAGAAGGGGAGCAACACCUGGACAGCUGUGAAUGACCAGCUCAUGUCUGAAAGGAGAUGCACCAUAACAGACGUGCGGCAGGGCUGUCAGUAUCAGUUCCGGGUCACAGCGGUGGCUCCCUCAGGCCCUGGAGAGCCUGGGCCCCCAUCGGAUGCUGUCUUUGCCCGGGACCCCAUGAGAUCCCCAGGGCCUGUGCAGGAUCUCCGGGUCACAGACACGUCAAACACCAGCAUCACCCUCAGCUGGAUGGGGCCGGAUCCCCAGGACGGGGAUGAUGCCCAGGGGUACCUGGUGGAGCUGUGUGGCUCUGACAGUCUCCAGUGGAGCCCAUGCCAUGCAGGCAUGGUGUCAGGCACCACCUUCACAGCCAAGGGGCUCCGGCCCCAAGAGGGCUAUUUUGUGCGGGUGACAGCAGUCAAUGAUGAGGGAUGCAGCCAGCCCAAGGCCUUGGACACAGUAGUGCACGCCACGCCUCCCACUGUCUGUCCUAAGUUCCUCAUGGACUCCAGCACAAAGGACUCCCUGACAGUCAGAGUGGGGGACACCCUUCGUGUGCCUGUCUCCUUUGAAGCUGCCCCCAUGCCCGAGGUGACCUGGCUGAAAGAUGGCCUGCCCUUGCCCAAAAGAAGUGUAACCACCACCAAGGAUGGCAUCACCCAGCUUCUGAUUCCUGCAGCCAGCCUCGCAGACAGCGGCCGCUAUGCCGUGGUGCUGAGGGACCCUCAGGGCAAGGAGUUCACCUACAGUUUCCUUGUCAGGGUGGCAGGAUGGCCACAGGCCCCUGGGCCCAUCCACCUGCAGGAAAAUGUGCCUGGGACAGUGACAGUCCAGUGGGAGCCCUCUCCGGAUGAGGCCCAGGGCAUCCCCUUGCACUACACAGUGCUGAUGCGUUCCUCGUCACAUGGCUCCUGGCAGGAGGUGGCUGACCGUGUCCACACCAACCGCUUCACUCUCCUGGGUGUCCUCCCUGGCCGUGAGUACCACUUCCGGGUGGUGGCCAAGAGUGAGCUGGGUGCCAGCAGGCCAUCAGACACCACCCAGCCUUGGUGCCUCCUUCGACAGCGAGACAAGUUCACAGUGAAGACACCUCGCUACCGGGACCUCAAUCUGAGCCAGAAGCCCCGCUUCCUGGUGGGCCUUCGGACCCACCUAGUGCCCCAGGGCUGUGAGUGCCACAUGACCUGCGCAGUUCAGGGCUCACCCCGGCCCCACAUCACCUGGUUCAAGAAUGGCCAGAGCCUGGAAGGACACAAGACAGCCUACAGCACUGACAUGUUGGGUGUGUGCUCCCUCGUCAUCCCCAGCGUCUCCCCUGAGGAUGGAGGCCAGUACAAGGCAGUGGCUGAGAACCCACUGGGCCAGGCUAUCAGCACUGCCACCCUCAUUGUCAUAGAACCCAGCUCCUAGGCCCACCUUGCUGGGAUGGCCCUGCCUGGACCCAUGGCCUCGGAAUGGAUGAUAGAUCUCUACAGCUUCACUCCUGACACUGAUACCAGCCUGGGGAGCCAACCCCCAUGGAUGGAAGCUGUGCCCAGAGGCACAAGAAGACAGCAAUGAGGGGCCCUCUGGAGAAGCUUUGCCUGGAGGACAUGGAGUCCUUGGGGAAGAAGAAGAAGGAUGGGCAAGGUAGCCCUAAGCUAAGCCACUGCACAGGAUGACCGCACCCUGCUAGGCCCUGACCACAUGGAUUUCUUUAUUUUAUACUUCAGGAGAUCUGGACAGAAUCAUCUGUGGGAGGGAAUCAGGCUCUUGUUUGCUAGGCCCCUUGGAGGGAGGGUGAGAUCAGCAGAGCAGCUGUGACCACAGUGGGGGAAAGUGAAGAAGAUCAGAAGACCUGGCAUCAAGGGCUUGAAGUAUGUGUGUGUGGCGGGGGGGGGGGGGCU